GGCAAAUAUGAUGGUGAGGAGGUGAUAAGAACUGAGUCAAGGAAAUGCGCGCUACAUCGCGUGGUAGUUGAUUUUUCUACCGAAAAAUCCAUGAGCAUAUCAUCAACAUGAAGCGACUUGAAAAGAAGGCGUAUUCGUCGCUCUUCGAAGGUGCUCUUCGACGAAGUAGAGUUGCAAGUACGGUGAGCAGGGCGACUCGAUGUAGUGUGCAGGCUCUCUCGCGGAUACCACGUAGUAUUCAGCUCCAAGGAAGACGACAUGGACAAGAGCGAAGAUUUGUUACCUUCUUCAGAAUAUCUCGUCGAAAUUUCGCUGCAGCAUCUGCACAUGCCGAGACUCCACCAUAUAAUUCCAGCACUCCACCAUAUUCCACUCGAGUGGCAACCUACUACGAUGUCCUGGGUAUCUCUGACCGUGGAUGCGACCGGACAGUGAUCAAAAAGCAGUUUCGGGAAUUGGCGAAGAAGUAUCACCCGGAUCAUAGCGAGGAACCUGAUGCAGAUCUCCGGUUUCGGGAGGUCAGGGAAGCCUACGAGGUACUCGGAUCCAAAUGGAAGCGGUCGUUGUAUUAUGAUUCUCGAUCCGAUCGCUCCUAGUAAAGUACUUAGAAACUAUUAAGGGUAGGUUAAAGGUGCUUUUCUUACCGCUUUUUAUGCCUCUCCUAAGGGAGAAAGGCAUAACAAGCGGGGUAAGCGAGCACCAAAAACCUACCUCUAAAACUACACAAACAGGCUCGACUUCGAGAGCUCUCUCUGCCUCGUCACUAAAUGAACAGCAUAGACUAAAUGUUGAACUAUUAGAAUCACACAUGGUCGUGUUCAUUUGUGUGACUCUACUCGAGCCUGUUUCGUCCCGGACGGCGCGGCCUGGCCGCAGAGCCGCGGACCUUUAUAACCUCCUUGAACCUUAUAAAAAAAAUCUCGAUCAAGACCUGAGAAACGUGACCAUAUAAAAUGACUCACAACGACCUUAUAAUGACUCACAACCUCCUAUAAUAUCUCGAUCAAGACCUGAGGAACAUAACAGACUUGUCUGAAGACGUGGAAGAAGAGUCUUGGACUGAGCACUGGAAUACGGAGACGGACCGUGAAAAGGAGAGCCGAAGAGAAAGUUAAGUCUUCUCAAGUGUUGUAGGUCUAUAAGGUAACUUCUCAAAUGCUCUUUUCUAUCUUCUUCUGGUCUUUCUGUUUUCUAGUCAGGUCGGCUCCACUACAAUUCUAAACUUGUGUUGUCUUCGGCAAGUUAGUUGAUCAUGAGUAAAAUGAAGAGUGUAGGCGAUAUCAGGGGCACAAACAUGACAUGACAUGUCUUAACCUGCAUGUUGUCUUUGUUCGUAAAGUCAUAGGGACGUACUAGUGCUGCUGGCCAUUUCUAUCACAAAAAAUUCACGUUGCCUUGGUGUGUACACAACACAAAACUUGUUUACAGCAUGUAGAACCUAGUACUACUCAUCAAAUAGGGGUACUACUCAUCAGAUCGGGGAGCCGCAACCUUCUCAUUUUCUAAUAAGAGUAUCAACGCUAUGUGAAUCGCGAGCGGACGGAUAUCCCUCCGCCUUCUCACAGCGCUCCCCUCUUCACUGCGACGCUCGUUGGAGCUGUCGGGGUUAUGAAGAGAAGAAACAGUCAAUUUUGAUUUUCCUUUUUCUUGAGAAGUUCUAGAAUCAAGAAUUGUCUAAACCUGAUGACAAGGCACAGACAGGAGGCAGUUUUCUCUCUCUCUUUUUUUUUGGUUCCCUCUUCGUCCAAUCUUACUCGUCUCUCUCCAUUGAACUAAUUUGAACUAAUUCGAAUUAAUUUUUGGUCGGUUAAUUAAUGUGUUAAGUUGGAGUAUCUACGGCCUUUCUUGUCUUUAACGUCCAAGAGGACGCUCUACUUUGUUUUCGUGCUUCCCUCCUUCAUCCACUCCUUCGGAAUAUGGCGAGCAUGCGUUGCAGUGCCUGAAGUGGAGGGCUAUAAGCAGGAAGAGUCUUUCUCUGAUCCCGAAAUCGACAUGAUGGAGUCGUCUCUCGUUUUUGCGUACUACAACCCCUGUGAAGCGUGCUGGGAACGCAUUAUUGAUUAAGGCUCACGAUAAUUCAUAUCGAUCCCCAUAUCUCUUUAAUUAGUCCUAUUAAUAAUCAAUGCGGUUUCCAUAUCCCUUCUCCUUUUAUUUUCCUUCUUGGAGUCGGAUACUGUGUGCGUAAGAUAUGAAUCACUGUGAGCUCUAAAUUGACCCCUCAUCAGGGGAUUCCGUUCCGGUUAGUCCAGCUCUACUGGCGAGACGAGAAGCCGGAGGAAGAACUGGAGACGAAACCAGCGACACAAACCAUCUGCAGAAACUGGACAAUUACCUUACUGCACAAGAUCUUAGUCGCAUGCGAUCGUACGUGCCCGAGCCACGAUCGCUCUACGCGCUCUACAAUGUCCAUUUAAAAGACGAGGGUGACGAAAAGCCGGAAAAAAUCGUGAACUACCCGCUGAAACCGAAAAUUAAGGCAAGAGGCCAACAUAUUCUAACAUUUGCUACAUUCUAUUUUUGAUUUUAAUAUGUCUUCCUCUCAACUACAACUACAUUGAAAAAUGCGCUCUAGUACAAAAAUAAGUUAGCAGACUACGACCCCCUCUAAUUCUUGGAGACUCGACGACGAAAGUCGUGGCGGACAGCCAGAUGCGAGUGUGGCAAAACUUUGGCCACGGCAAGAACUUCCAGUCUUGUUAAUGUCCCGAUGUCGAGUACGCUAUUGGCCACCAUUGAGAUUUGAUGCUGAGAAAUUAGGCUGGGUGAGGCAGUGAUAUUUUCUUUUCUUGAUGCAUUUGCAAGCCACAUGAAGAAAUUACAAGUGAAAACAAGAAUCAAAGUUCGGAUGGAUGGGCUACAGCUAUUGAAUGAAAGCUUCUUGUGUAGUUGCGAAUUGUGACU